AUGCGGGUCGCCGCCCGUGACCUGUACAUCUUGGAUGACCAGUACUAUCAUGACCUGUUCGUCGUGCGGGCACUUGCCCUUGCCGGCUAUGUCAUUCUUUUAUACGACUGUGUGCUAACAUUUCCUGAUGAAUUGCUCGCGCAGAUAAAGUAUAUAUGGCCCACUCGCUGGUCCACGGUGAAGGUGAUUUAUCUGUUGAACCGCUACGGCAACCUCGCGUUCCUCGGAUUGGCCGACAUACAGCUCAUGGGGAUGUGGUGGAACGAUGGCCCCGACUUUUGCUAUCGUGCAGUUUUGAUACUGUCUUUCGCGCAGCUUGUCUCGUUUGCCCUAGUUCAUGUACUCGUGCUCCUCCGAGCAUGGGCGACUUGGGGCAGACGGAAGAGGAUGCUGACCAUCCUUGGCACCCUCUUCAUCGUAUACGCUUCCGUGAGCAUCGCGAUGUUGACAUACGGGAACAUAGAUGCCGGCCCUACAUCCUACCCCCUAGCUUACGUCACGAAGCGCUCUCUUGGUUACUUUGGUCUGGCGUUGGAAUGCGCGACGUUCACCCUGACUAUGGUCUCCAUCCGGCAGUUCCACGUCUAUAGCAACUGGCGCGAGCACUCACCUAUCGUUCGAGUAAUCUGCCGCGACGGGGUUAUAUAUUUUCUUGUGACGCUCUUUAGCAACUCGUUCAACAUCCUCAUAUGGGCGCGUUAUGCAGAUCGCCCGCUCAAUCUGCUCUCGACUUCGUUCACACUCAGCUUAUUGAUCGUCGCCGCGCAGCGGCUCGUGCUUGAUCUGCGCAAGGUCACGGACGAACACGACGAAGUCUCGACCACGCGCGUCGGCCGCGAGGUCGAGCGCGCCGUGCAGGCCCUCCCGCGCUCGCGCUCAGCGAGUCCCAUCGUCUUCGUCGACCUCGAGGCGCUAGUCGGUGACGGUCGUGGCACGACGAGGGGGAGACGGCGCGGCGCAGCUUUGGAACUGACGGCACUGAGGGGUGGCGGCAGGGAUAGAGACCGGACUGUCCGUACAUGA